AACUUUUUCUUUUCACUUCUUACGUUCUCUAACUCGCCUUCUGGAAAACUGGUCAUGGCCGAGACCACAAAAUCCAGCGAUGCGCCCAAAAGCGCCGUUGCCGCAACGCUCGAGCAACUCAAGCCCCAGGAGGCUGAGUCAAAGACGCUCAAGAUUGAGAAUACCGAUAAGCGCGACACUUUGAUUGCAGAAGAGAAGAAGUACCAGAAGUCAUGGGAGGAGCAGGGCGUUUUCAACCCGGAUGCCCCCUCACUGGACGAGGAGCCGUUCGACACCACCACCCCGGACCAGCUUCAUGAGAAGUUCCCCAAGUGGCUCGGCUGCUUCGCAUACCCGUACAUGAAUGGUACCCUCCAUGCUGGUCAUGGCUUUACCGCAAGUAAAGUCGAGUUCACAGCCGGCUUCCAGAGGAUGCUUGGCAAACGAGUUCUGUUCCCACUGGGAUGGCAUGUCACUGGUAUGCCAAUCAAGGCAUGUGCAGACAAGCUUGUCCGAGAGGUCGAGAUGUUCGGAAAGAACUUCGAGCGCUGCCCCGUCGAGGACGUCAUUGAGACAGCCGUACCAGAGCCUCCAGCCCCCACACAGGCUGAGACCAAGACCGACAUCACCAAGUUCAAAGCUCAGAAAGGCAAAGCGGCCGCUAAGACAGUCAAAACUAAGUACCAAUUUCAGAUCAUGCUCGCUCAGGGCAUACCCCUCGAAGAGAUUCACAAGUUCUCGGACCCUUACCACUGGAUUGAGUUCUUCCCUCCGCUCGCGAAGAAGGACCUCACUGCAUUCGGUGCCAGGAUAGACUGGAGGCGUCAGUUUGUCACAACCGACGCAAACCCUUACUACGACAGCUUCGUUGCCUGGCAAAUGCGACGACUGAAGGCAAUGGGCAAGAUCAUUUUCGCUAAGCGUUACACUGUCUACAGUCCAAAGGAUGGCCAAGCCUGCAUGGACCACGACAGGCAAUCUGGAGAAGGCGUGACAGUGCAGGAGUACACUGCCCUGAAAAUGAAAGUGGUCAAGUGGGCCGAUUCGGCCAAAGCACACAUCAGCGGUGUACCUGAAGGCGCUUCUUGCUACUUUGUGCCCGCUACCCUCCGUCCCGAGACCAUGUACGGCCAGACUUCGUGCUUCGUAGGACCCUCAAUCAACUACUCUUUGGUCAAGGUCAAUGACAACGAGUACUUUAUCUUGAGCGAGAGGGCCGCCAGGAAUAUGGCGUACCAAGGCACCACUGCUAAGUGGGGCGAGUAUUCGAUCAUCGCAACAUUCCCCGGUAAGGAUGUCGUCGGCACAACCGUCAAUGCACCUCUUUCCGUUCACAAGGAGGUCUACAUCCUUCCAAUGGAGACUGUCAAAGACACCAAGGGUACAGCCGUUGUUACCUGCGUCCCAUCGGACUCGCCAGAUGAUUACAUCACGUCAUUUGACUUGGCCAAGAAGGCAGAUUAUUACGGUAUCCAGAAGGAAUGGGUCAAGUUCGACAACCUCCUUGGUAUAAUUGAAACCCCAUCCUACGGAAACCUCACUGCACAGAAGCUGGUCGAAGAGAUGAAGAUUCAGUCGCCCAAGGACUCUGCGAAGCUUGCUGAGGCAAAAGAGAAGGCCUACAAGGAAGGCUUCUACAAGGGCAAAAUGGUGUACGGCGACUUCAGCGGCAAGCCAGUGGAAGAGGCUAAGCCAUUGGUUCGUAAGCAGCUUAUCGACAUGGGUGUCGCUUUCCCUUACGCCGAACCUGAUGGCAAGGUCAUCAGCCGCAGUGGUGAUGACUGUGUUGCAGCUUUGCUUGACCAGUGGUACAUGAACUACGGCACAGCAGCUAACGGCGGAGAUGGCGAGUGGGCCGAGAAGGUUCGAUCUCAUAUCGAGGGUGAACUCAACCUGUAUUACCCCGAGGCGAAGAACCAGUUCUUGCGAGUUGUCGACUGGCUUGGCAUCUGGGCAUGCGCUCGAUCGUACGGACUGGGAACUAAGGUCCCUUGGGACCCGAGUGUGAUGGUCGAGAGUUUGUCUGACAGUACCAUCUACCAAGCUUAUUACUCGUUCGCGCAUCUCCUGCACAAGGACAUGUUCGGUAAAGAGCCCGGUCCUCUCGGUGUCAAGCCCGACCAAAUCACCGACGAAGCCUGGGACUACGUGUUUGGCCUCCGUGAGCGAAGCGAUGUUCCACAGACCACCGUUCCCAAGCAAGCUCUUGAGACCAUGCGACGCCAUUUCGACUACUGGUACCCGCUCGACCAACGCUCAUCGGGCAAGGAUCUCAUUCAAAACCAUCUGACUAUGAACCUCUACGUGCACACAGCAAUUUUCCCCAAGGAGAACUGGCCACGCAGCUUCCGCGUCAACGGCCACUUGCUGCUUAACGGAGACAAGAUGAGCAAGUCUACUGGUAACUUCCUGACCAUUGCCGGCGCAGUACAGAAGUUUGGUGCUGAUGCCACGCGUCUUGCUCUUGCCGAUGCGGGUGAUGAGAUCUCAGACGCCAACUUCGAGGAGACUGUCGCCAACAGCAACAUUCUGAAGCUAUUUGAGCUCCGCAAGUGGUGCGAGGACUUGGUCAACGAGGCUAUCUACGUUCCUGAUGCGACUGCUUACCUGGAGAAGAGGUCGAACGAACGUGUGAAGAACGCAGAUGUGAUCCAGCGACAGAGUGGUAGCGAGCGCCUGCUAUUCGACAAGAUGUUCGACAACGAGAUGAACGUCCUUGUCCACGAAGCCUUUGCGCACUACUCCAACACAUCCUACAAGUUGGCCCUCAAGUCAGCAUUCUAUGACUUCACCAGUGCGCGCGACUUCUACCGUGAAGCUACCAAGGCGGCAGGAAUUGGUAUGCACCAAGACCUGGUCAAGAAGUUCAUUGAGCUACAGGCCCUUCUCAUCACGCCCAUCGCACCGCACUGGGCAGAAUACAUCUGGCUUGAGGUGCUCAAGAACAAGGAGACCAUCCAGAACGCUCUCUGGCCAAAGGUCCCCGAGUCUGACGCAUCCCUCACAGCAGCCCGCGAAUUUGUUCGCACCACACAGACCAACAUCACAUCAGCAGAAGGCAAUGCCAUCAAGAAGCUUUCAAAGGGCAAGGCGGCGACUUUUGACCCCAAGAAGGAGAAGAAGAUUACCAUCUUCUCUGCUCAAGAGUGGCCUGCUUGGCAAAAGAAGUACAUUGACAUGCUCCGCGACGCCGAGACUAUCGACAUCAAGGCCAUCAGCAAGUCCAUCGACAAGUCCGAGUCCAAGAAAGCCAUGCCUUUUAUCAACGGCCUCAAGCGCCGCCUUGACAAUGGCGAGCCCAAGGAGGUGGUCUUGAACCGUGAGCUUGCCUUUGAUGAGCUGUCAACCCUGCGCGUCAUGGUUCCGGGCUUGAAGCAGACUGUGCAGAAGUGCGUUGAUGUAGAGAUCAUCACCGUGUCGGAAGGCGGAAAGGAGGGUACUGUGAUCAAGGAAGACGGCAGCAAGGGAGAGACUCGAUCGGAGCUGCCGCCUCAGGCUGCGUCUGCGGAGCCUGGCUCCCCCAGCUUCGCUUUCGAGAACGUUGAGAAUGUUGCCGUUCGUUAGGGAGUGCGAGGUUGGUGAGAUGGGAUGGAUUCAUGCGACACGACAUAUCAUGGCAGGAUGGGAUGGAUGCAACAAGACAUGUUUAAGACGACCUUGGUGGGCAAUGUAUUCACAUGACUGACCAAAGUAGAAAGCCCAUUACAUAGACUCGACGAUUACUGCACACACACAC